CUGAAAAACAUAUUUAUUUGACGCAAUGUCGGAAGAAAUAUCAUUUGCAAUUGAAUUUUCUGGUGAUGAUGAGGAUUUUGAUGUUACAUACACGCCUUCGAAAGAAUCAAAGAAAAGGAAGGUGUUCAAUGGAGAUGAUGAACAAUUUGUGAAGAGACGUAUGGAAAGCACUUUUGGCAGUAUAAUUUUCACCUCGAAUUUUUAUAUUGAUGUUAAGAAGAUUUCAGAAAAUAAAAAAGAUAAAAUAAUCGGAAAGUGUGUUGCUUGCAGUAAGGUGAUUCGCGGUUUUACGGGAGUCUCUUCAAAUUUUAUCAGCCAUCUCAGAGUGCGGCAUCCUAAAAUUCAUAAGGAAUAUCUUACGAAGAAAUCCAAAAAUGAAAACUUGAGUAUUCAAUCAAAUUUCGAUAAGAAACUUAUUGAAUUUCUAGUGGAUUCAGGCUUGCCGCUUUCCCUGGUUGAAAGGCAGUCAUUUAUCAACUUAAUUGAUGGUAUUGGCCUUAAGUUAAUGAGUAGACAGACGGCAAUGAAAAAAUUAGAAGAGCUUCACAAACGCAUGGAAGAAAGUGUGAAAGCCGAACUAGCCACAGCGAAACAUGUCUGCACAACGGCGGAUAUUUGGUCAGGAAAUCACAGAAGCUUUUUCGGAUACACCUGUCAUUGGCUUGAUAAAGAUUUUAAGAGGAAAUCAGCUGCUUUGGCGUGCAAAAGGAUGUUUGGAGUUCACUCUGCUGAAACAAUUGGGCAUAUCAUAACCGACAUAAAUACUUACUAUGGUUUAAAUAGAAAAAACAUUGUUCUAUCCGUAACUGACAACGGGUCAAACUUUGUCAAAGCUUUUAAGGAAUAUGGAGUUCAUAAUGCCUCUGAGAUGGAAGACGACGGCGGCCAUGAUAUAUCAGAAUUCCAAAACAAGAUUUACCUCCCUAAACACCACAGGUGCUCUAGCCACACAUUAAGUCUUCUGGCUACGUCUGAUUUAAUAAAAAUUUUGAAAGCCGAUGAAUCCCUAUUCCAGCGGAACAAUAUGGUAAGAAAUAUUUUAGUUAAUAUAUUUUAUACUAGAAUAUAAUUUAUUUAGGUGUUCAAAAAAUGCGAUAAUUUGUGGAAAAAAUGCAAAUGGCCAAAAAGUUCGGAAGUGAUACAGGAAACUUUAGGUGGAUGCCUCGUUGU